GGGUCUCAUCUUCUCUCUCUCUUCUUUUUUAGCAGAAGGAGAAGCAGAGUCGUUUCCAUUCCAAUGGCAGUUGUGAAGCAUUUACUGUAUGCUCUUUCUCUUUCUCUCUCUAGAUAUUUUCUCUUUCUCUCUCUAGAUUAGUCUCUGAAAUUCGUGCAUUUUGUGUGUUGUAUCAGAUUGCAUUUCACUCAAAUCUGACUACAAAAAUCUCGUUUCUUUUGGCCUCUGAAAUUCACUCUUUUGCUUUGAGUGACUCAUAUUCACAUUGAACUGAGGAAUUUCGUUUCAGAUUUGGGGGGUUCUGGUUGAUUGAUUCUGCUUCUUGAAAGUUAAAAGUUCUCAGUCUUUGUCAGAGAAGCCAUUUGAGGUGAAUCGUGUAAUUAGGAGUGGAGAUUCUUUAUGAAAGGAAUCUUAACUGAGAUUCUUGGGAUUUAGUUCUGUAUUGGAAGUUGGCCUACGUGACAUAGAAGUUGAAGUUUAAUCUGCUACCAAGUUGGUUGUUAUUAGCAAUUUGUUAUUUGAUUGUCUGAUCGAAAUGAGGAGCAAGGGAGAGUGGAUUAUUCAUCAUGUAGAACUCUGCAGUUUGGUUGCAGAUUAGCAGUAGCUAACCUAGACUGAUCUCUGUUGUUAUCUUCAUUGGAUUCACUGUGAUUAGUUAGUUGUUUAGACGUGCAAAAAUGCUGGAGACUCAACUAUGUCCUUCUCGGGUGUUAUCGCCUUUCCGUGAAGAGAGUGGUGAUGAGGAACUAUCUGUUCUUCCGAGACACACCAAAGUUAUUGUGACUGGAAACAACAGAACCAAGAGUGUUUUGCUGGGGCUUCAGGGAGUUGUCAAAAAGGCUGUUGGGCUUGGUGGUUGGCAUUGGCUGGUUUUGAAAAAUGGGGUUGAAGUCAAGCUACAGAGAAAUGCAUUGAGUGUGCUAGAACCUCCCACGGGAGAUGAAGAAGAUGAUGAUUAUGACUUUGAUGACUCGAGCAGUGGUUCAGACAUUGUUGAAAAAGAAAGCCAUCACUUUGCCACUGGUGUCGAGUACAGAAAAGUGAGCAAGCCUAGAGUUCGUUAUACAAGGCCCACAUGGGCCUUGUCUGGACCAGCAAAGACAAUGAGCCGUGGCAAUUGCAGAGAAGUUGAACCUAACUAUUUGCAACCGAGAUUGAACUUGGCAAAACUAGGAACUGGUUCACUAUGGAGAUACUGGCGAAACUUCAACCUCGCACAUAUUAACCCUAACCCGACAAAGGAACAACUGCUUAGUGCUGUGCAGCAGCACUUCUCAUCACAGCGAGUUGAUGAGGUACAAGUGGUGGUGGAAUUUAUCCGUGCGGCCAAGAGAUUAAGGUCAGCUGACACCCAUUGAAGAUUUGAUAAUAGGGUAAAAUUGAAGAAGGUUGGAUUAUUAUCUGUAAUAUAAUGCAUAUAGAGUAAAUAUUAUGAACCUCUAACUUAGUUAAGCUAAUUAUAGACUCUACUAAUGGAGACUGGUGAGAGCUUCUUUGUUAGCUAAUCACCCCCUAAUUGUCUCCCGGAUCCCUAACCUUGUAUUAUGCGGCUGUGACCCGGUUGAUAUUUAUGACCAUUUCUAGUGUGAUUCCGUGUUACAUGUGA